AUCACAAAGCGUGAUUGGCACAUGAUGUCAGCAGACGAACUUUUCCAACGCUUGGAAAGCCGGCCCCUCGGUCUGACACAAGAUGAGGUCAAUAGCCGCCUACUAAAAGGCCGCAACUCCUUCCAACCUAAACGGUCAUCACUCAUUUCCAAAGCUUUCACCUGUGUCUUUGGUGGCUUUGGUUCACUUAUCUUUGCUUCGGCCGUUCUCAGUUUCCUCAGCUGGAAACCAUUUGGAUAUCACGAACUUCACCCCACGGCACACCUGGCUUUAGGUAUCGUCUUGCUCAUCAUCUUGGUAGUUCAGGCAUUUUUCAAGGCGUGGCAGCUUCGCAUCACUGGUCGAGCUAUGAGAUCAAUCACUGACCAUGUUGGAAGCACGACGUCUGUAUUGAGAGAUGGGUGUAGUCGCACAAUUCCUUCAGAUGAACUUGUUCCUGGUGACUUGGUGAAGGUCUCAACUGGUUCAAGAAUAUCCGCCGACAUGCGCCUGAUUCUAGCCUCUUCAGAUCUCACCUUCGAUCGCACUUUGCUUACGGGCGAAAGCAAUUUGAUUGCUGGAACAACGGACGUGUUUAUCGGAGAGGAUUCUGAAGCUCAUAAUAUGGCUCUUCAAGGAACUCUUUGCACUAGCGGCAAUGGCGUAGGAAUAGUCGUCGACACUGGUGCAGAUACCGUCUUUGGAAGUAUUGCCAUGCUCGUAUCAUUACAAAAAAAUCGCAUGACACUUUUGGAGAAAGAGAUCAGACGUUUUGUCAUUAUCAUUUGUAUUCUGGCCGUAGCUUUCGCAAUCGUCUGGAUAGUGCUCUGGGCUGGAUGGCUACGAACUCGGUAUCCCAAAUUCAUGUCAGCAUCAAACUUACUGGUUCAUAUCGUCUCCCUUAUGGUCGCUUUCAUCCCAGAAGGUUUACCAAUAUGUAUCACUCUCGGAUUGACUAUCCUUUCACGAGAACUAGCUGCCAAAAAGAUCUUUUGUAAAUCGCUGGCUACUGUUGAAACUCUCGGGACUGUGGACGUGGUCCUCUCAGACAAGACAGGCACACUGACAACGGGACGGAUGACAGUCUCGGAUGUCGUGAUUGGCAAAAAGACGAUCUCUACAUCGGACUUACGCCCAAAUUGUCUAAUCAGCUACGGAAAAGACAUAUCCCCUUUGGGCAAGGUAGCGAAUGACCUCGCAGCCAUUGCUGCGGUCUGCAACGACGCUCGUUACAUCGGUGACGAACCGCUCACAGAUGAUGAGGAAGGAGAAAGUCGCAUUAAUGGAACUCCAACAGAUGUUUCAUUACUUAGGUAUGCCCAUCUGUUCGGUCCCGUCAGUCAGUAUCAAGAGCAGUGGAUCGAAGUCUUUGAGCUCACCUUCAAUUCAGACAUCAAGUUCUGCGCAAAACUCCUGAAGCCUCGAACCACAUCAUCCGCACCCGCGGGUGUGCAGAGUGAUCCCAACUUCACAUCCGAAAGCGUUUCUAUAUUUGCCAAAGGGGCUCCUGAGAUACUUCUGCAACGCUGUACACACAUAUGUCGCCCGAACGGGAGUGUGGAACCACUCAAUUCUGUAGCCAUGGAGGCCUUAAUCAAGACUCAAGAGGCAAAUGCUGCUGUAGGAAGCAGAGUCAUCUUGUUGGCGCGCAAGACUUUUCCCAUCCUAGAUUUGUACAGUGACAUAUCAGCCGGCAAGUCUCUAUCGGACCUAGUUGUGGACAUGACCGUCGUUGGGCUCUUAGUCCUCUCUGACCCACCCAAGCAUGAUGCAGGCAAGACUGUGGAGCUAUGUCGCCGAGCUGGUAUGAGGUUCUUGGUCGUGACUGGGGAUUUAGCCCAAACGGCAAAAUUCGUUAGCAAAAGUGUUGGCGCCCUCACAGUCGAACCAGUUGGACUCAAAGAUCUCAAAGCAGAUAUACCUAUUGAGCUUGUUGCACCUUAUAAGCCCAAGCCAGCGUCGCAACUGCGUGCCAUUUGCUUGACGGGAACGGAGCUAAGGGAGAUGAAUGAAUCCCAAUGGAAGCAAUGUAUCGAGUUUGACGAGAUCAUCUUUUCUCGCACCACCCCGCAACAAAAACUAGAAAUUGUUCGCAGAUUCCAAGACAACGGUCACGUCUGUGCAGUCACAGGAGAUGGAGUCAACGAUGCAACCGCUUUGAAAGCUGCGGACAUAGGGAUAGCCAUGGGAUCCGGAAGUGAAGUGGCUAUGGAGGCUGCAGAUCUCGUUUUGUUAAACGACUUCGGAGCACUCGUGACGGCCAUCCUUUACGGAAGGCUUUGUUUCGAAAACCUAAAAAAAUUGACCCUGUAUUUACUUCCUUCCGGAAGCUUUAGCGAGUUGAUCCCAAUGCUCCUUGUGCUAGCUGCAGGUCUUCCAGACCUUCUCAACCCUAUACAAAUGAUAAUCAUAUGUAUUGGAACAGACGUCUUGCCAGCACUUGCUCUCAUUUACGAGCAACCUGAAAAAGACUUACUUUCUAAAUUACCCCGGAAACAGACAAAGGAAAAAUUGAUUGAUCGCAAGACCCUUGCUCAUGCAUAUCUGUUUUUGGGUCUUUUCCAAACAAUUUUUUCAUUGGGCAUCACUCUUCGCUAUGGAUUCCACAAACGAGGUGUGAAUUUGUCCGACAUAAUAUUUUCUUAUGGAGAAGCUAACGUGGAUGCAGCUUUGCUUGAAGAGGCCACCAAGGCCGCACAAUCUAUUUACUUCUUCAGUAUCAUUUUUUUCCAAUGGGGAACUCUACUUACUACGAGAACAAGAAGGUUAUCAAUCAUAAAUCAUUUCCCUGGAUCACAAGGAGCUGGCAAAAAUUUCUUCAUAUUUCCUGCAAUGUUCAUCAGUCCAAUUUUAGCAUUUAUAAUUUCUUUUGUUCCAUUUUUCCAAGAAACGUUAGGAACUACUAAGAUUGGUUUUGCAGGUUUUCUUGUUCCGGUUGCUUUUUCAAUCGUAAUCUUACUAAUUGAUGAAACCAGGAAAUGGAUUGUACGGAAUUAUCCUGAUUCUUUAGUUGCUAAAAUUGCUUGGUAA